AUGGUAAAGAAGGCGAAGAAGGCUAAUGGCAAGGGUUCGACCAAAAGCAAGACUGCUCAAUCUGUGAGAGCUAGAAACCCGAUUGUAGAAGAGGUUUCAAACCCAAUCCCAGUUCCAGAACCGGCAGUGCAUUCGGUCUCAGUCUCAGAUGGGUCAGAAAGUGAGGGAAUGUCUGCAUCAUCUCAGGAAAGGCAACCAGCGCAACCUCUUGAGAUGUACUUCGACAACUCUCAGUUCACGAAAAUUUGCAAGAUACAGACCAAGUGUUUUGUGACCGAGACUGUGAACGUCAUAAAGAAGCUCAAGCCCGAGGUGAAUUGGUUCACGGAACACCCUCAAUUUCAUCACUUCUUUCACAUGCCACAAGAGCCGAACCUGAAACUGAUGGGAAUGUGGAUGCUACUCUUGCAGACCAUUCAUAUUGAAGAAGAGGAUAUAGCAUGGUUUGGGGUAAAUGGUGUGCCCAUCCGUUACUCCAUGAGAGAGCACGCUCUCAUUUCUGGCUUAGAUUGCCAUGAAUAUCCGACGAGAUAUUUAAAGCUGGGAAGCUACAAGUUUGUUGAUGCCUACUUCAAGGAUAGAGCGAGGAUCACUAUAAAAGAUGUGAAGGAGAAGCUGGUGGGUAUGAAGCCGUGUAGUGAUAGGUUGCAGAUGGCUGUUUUGUUCUUCCUUGGUCGGCUUAUCAGAGGAAAGGCGAAGGAUAGUGGACCUUUGGACCAGUUCAUUUUGAGGAUUGUGGACAGAUUGGAUGUUUGCCAAACAUUUCCUUGGGGACGUCUGACUUUUGAGGAUGCUCUUAAGGGGAUUAUGCACAUGAUGGACCAUUUGAAGGGGGAACCUAAUCCGACAACAGGCUUUCCUGGAUUCAUUAUUCCUUUAGAGAUAUUGGCGUUUGAGUGUAUUCCAAGUCUGGCGAAGGAAUUUCGAGAACCAGUACCUGACUUUCAUGAAGAGUGUCCUAGGAUGUGCAAGAAUCGGUUAAAAAGACUAGCAUGA